UUUAUAUUGCUACUUGUAGUUCUGGGAAUUUAUCUUACCUUCAGUUAUCCUAAAAGGCAACUGAGUCGCGAUAAAGUAUGGACUCAUCGUUUGGUCCAAGCAGUAACAAGAGAACACUCUGAAUGUCCAGGAAAUAUAAUGCCCCCACCGUCGUAUAAAGAAACGGCAUAAAUGAAAAUACUUGCAAUAUAAAGUGAAGUAUUUUCAAAGGGGGGGAAUGUUGGAAAAUACGAGGUGUUCUGAACUUGGUGUAAAAUCUUUGUAUAUUUGUGAUCUGGUACUGCAUUCUAUAAUAAUGGGAGAGGGGUAUAGUUUAAAGCUACUGAAGCGGCAUACCGAGGACGCCUGAAAAGUCAAGAAGAAUAAGGAGAAGAUAGGCAUCUAAAACGGGCCUGGAAACCUACCAGAGGGACGAAAGGUAAAAAGUACACGGCGAGGAAGACGUCUUACUUCAUCAGAAACGACCACCGAAGACCACUAGAAGGGACUGGAAUGUCGCCAGAAUGACGCAAUCUAUGAAGCAAUCCCUAAUGAAUAUGUAAUAAGAGGUGAUGGGGUGACUAUUGAAUAUGUAUGAAAUUGUAUAAUCGUGAGGGUAUAAAUUGUAAGUUGACAUGGCCGUCGGCGAACCAGAUUUGGGUGACUACCCCUGGUUCCCGGGCCCGCGAAACAAAGCACCGCAUAUAACUACCUUCCAGUGGUUAUGUGUUUGUCACCGACAGCGAGACCCCACCUGGAGUCCUGCAUCCAGCCCUGGGACCCCCAACGAACGAAGGCCAUAGACGCUUUCGAUUGAGUCCUGAGGGCCAUGAAGAUGCUCAGAGGGCUGGAGCACCUUUCCCAUGGAGACAGGCUGAGAGAGUUGGGGUUGUUCAGCUUGGAGACGGCUCAGAGGAGAACAUAUUCCAACCUUCCAGUACCUGAAGGGUGCCUACAGGAGCUCUUUCCCAAUGACUGCAGUAGAGGACAAGGGCUGACCCGCUACAUCGUGCUGCUGUGCUUCACCAAGUUCCUGAAGGCCGUGGGGCUGUUCGAAGCUUACGACCUUCUGAAGGCGGUCCACCUCGUGCAGUUUAUCUUUAUAGUGCAGCUGGGGUCUGCAUUUUUUAUGGUUUUGUUUCAAAAACCAUUUUCUUCUGGAAAAGGAGUCACCAAGCGCCAGUGGAUCAAAAUUUUUAAGCAUGCUGUUGUGGGAUGUAUCAUUUCGCUCUUGUGGUUUUUUGGCCUUACCCUUUGUGGACCACUGAGGACGUUGUUGCUGUUUGAGCACAGUGAUGUGGUUGUGCUAUCACUGCUUAGUGUCUUGUUCACGAGCUCAGGUGGAGGACCAGCAAAGACAAGAGGUGCUGCAUUUUUCAUCAUAGCUGUCAUCUGCUUACUGCUUUUUGAUAAUGAUGACCUCAUGGCUAAAAUAGCAGAGCAUCCUGAGGGUCAUCAUGACAGUGCUCUUACACAUGUUCUGUAUACAAUCAUUGCUUUCCUGGGCGUUGCAGACCACAAGGGAGGAGUACUGCUUCUGGUGCUGGCAUUGUGCUGUAAGGUGGGUUUUCACAUGGCUUCCAGAAAACUAUCUGUAGAUGUCGGUGGAGCCAAGCGUCUUCAAGCUUUGUCUCAUCUCGUUUCCGUCCUCCUGUUGUGCCCAUGGGUCAUUGUUCUCUCUCUGACAACAGAGAGUAAAGUAGAGUCUUGGUCUUCUCUCAUCAUGCCUUUCAUAACAGUCAUCUUUUUUGUUGUGAUCCUGGAUUUCUACGUGGAGUCCAUAUGCUCUGUCAAGAUGGAAGCUUCCACGUGUGCUCGAUAUGGAUCCUUUCUUAUUUUCGUUAGUGCGCUGCUUUUCAGCAACUUUUGGACACAUCCAAUAACAGACCAGCUUCGAGCUAUGAACAAGCCACCACACCAUGAAAGCACAGAGCACGUUCUUUCUGGAGGGGUGGUAGUGAGUGCAGUCUUCUUCAUUUUAUCUGCCAAUAUCCUGUCCUCCCCCUCCAGGAAAGGGCAGAAGGGUACCCUUAUCGGCUAUUCCCCAGAAGGCACUCCUCUCUAUAACUUCAUGGGUGAUGCGUUACAGCAGAGCUCUCAGUCCUUGCCCCGGUUUAUUAAGGAGUCACUGAAACAGAUCCUUGAGGAGUACGAUUCUAGGCAGAUCUUCUAUUUCUUGUGCCUGAAUCUGGCUUUCACUUUUGUGGAGCUUUUUUAUGGAGUGUGGACCAAUAGCCUUGGUCUUAUUUCUGAUGGAUUUCACAUGCUUUUUGAUUGUUCUGCAUUAGUGAUGGGGCUUUUUGCAGCUCUGAUGACAAGAUGGAAAGCAACUCGCAUAUUUUCCUAUGGGUAUGGACGUGUAGAAAUUCUCUCUGGAUUUAUUAAUGGCCUCUUUCUGAUGGUGAUUGCUUUCUUUGUCUUCAUGGAAUCGGUGGCCAGACUGGUGGAUCCUCCUGACAUAGAUACAAAUAUGCUAACUCCAGUCUCUGUUGGAGGGCUGAUCGUCAACCUGGUUGGCAUCUGUGCCUUCAGCCAUGCGCACUCCCACGGGGCUUCUCGGGGAGGUUGUCACUCACACGAUCACAGCCAUUCCCACCACGGGCACAGCCAUAGCCACGGGCACGGCCAUUCCCACGGGGACCACGGGCACAGCCAUGGACAUGCCCACGGGUCUCCCGGAGGAGGCAUGAACACCAACAUGAGAGGUGUGUUUCUGCAUGUGUUAGCAGACACUCUUGGCAGUGUUGGUGUUAUCGUAUCCACGAUAUUUAUCCAGCAAUUUGGAUGGCUCAUAGCUGAUCCACUCUGCUCUCUUUUUAUUGCUACAUUGAUUUUCCUUAGUGUUAUCCCACUAUUGAAAGAUGCCUGUCAAGUGCUUUUGUUGAGGAUACCUCCAGAACAGGAGAAAGAUCUGCAUGCUGCUCUAGAAAAGAUUCAAAAAAUAGAGGGAGUCAUAUCCUACAGAGAUCCUCAUUUCUGGUGUCAUUCUGCAAGUGUUGUGGCAGGUACAAUACAUGUGCAAGUGGUAUCAGAUGUGAUGGAACAGAGAAUUGUUCAGCAGGUUACGGCUAUUCUGAAAGAUGCUGGUGUAAACAACCUAACUGUCCAAGUGGAGAAGGAAGCUUAUUUUCAACACAUGUCUGGACUUAGUACAGGAUUUCAGGAUGUCCUUGCAAUGACUCAGCAACUGGAAUCCAUGAAAUACUACAAAGAUGGUACUUACAUCAUGUGAUACAUGUGUUCACCAAAGGAGGUAUAAAGGCUAAAGCUGUAGGAUUCCAUAUUCGUAUUACUUUUUGCCAGGGGAUCUUAAACAUACAUGUACAGGAACAAAUGUACUAUAUAUUUUAAUUUUUUUAAACAUACUAUCUUUGUUAAAAUUGGAUCAAGAUGCUUUUAUAAAGGAAAUAAGAUGGACUUGAAUAUUUGAUGUAUAUGUGAAAAUAAUGGAAAUCGUAAAUACUGUACUUGCUGUUUAUUAAACAGAAGUCUUGCAACUUGUGGAUGAGCACAGA